AUGGUUGGCUCUAGAGGGCACUGCAGCGGCUAUGUGCCCAGGGACACACAAACAGCGACACAGAGACAGACAGAGACAGCGGGAGACAGUGAGAGAGCGAGAGAGAACGAGAGACGCGUGCACACAGAGACGGGGACCCAGGAGAGACAGAGACACGUGCAGAGUCACAAUAGAGAGAGAGAGACAUAAAUUGGCACGGGCACAUAGGAAAGAGAGGAGGAGACAGGAGCGAAACGAGGAAAGCGUUACUCUCCCCUCCCCGCAUCGGGUGACAUUCAUCAGCAGAGUCCUGGAGAGCUGUGACGCUGACACCGGUGAGGAGUCGAGAGCCCUGCAGUGUGAGGGUCGAUCCUGCUUCUCACUACUCACGCACCAUAGAACGGACCGUGGUAGACUCCACGCCGUUCGAAUUGGUCGAAAAGCGAGCAAGCCGCUCCUACGACUGAGCCAUCUCUGCACCGGCCGGAUCAGAGUCGCCGCAGCGCGUCGGGAUCGAAGACACGUUCACCGUAGGAGGCCAUGGGCACCCAGGGGGCCGCCGGGAGGAAGCGCGCCUCCGCCAAGGACUACAUCUUCUCGCCCGAGGACGAUGCCCUCCACAAGAUCUCCGUGGAGGCAGAGGCCAAACUCGCGGCCAAGAGAGCGGCCCGCGCCGAGGCCCGGGAGAUCCGUCUGAGGGAGCUGGAGCGUCAGAAGAGGAGAGAGGACGACGCGGAGAAGCACCACCGCAGGCAGCGGCGGCAACAGCAGUUGGAGCCCAACGGUCAAGGUUCGACCUCCGGACACGGCAGCGGCAGCAGACAGUCACACAACCAUGAGAGCAGGAGUCUCUACACAGGAGGAGGAGGAAAGAGCAUCUCACACAAGAGAGACCCCCUGCCGGUGCCAACCCUGGGCAGAGAUUACAGCAAAGGGGACCCCGGUCAGAAGAGGACCUCUCGGAGCGGUGUGCCCUCCUCUUCUGCUGGACUAUCCCUGGGUGGCCUGGGCUCCAGGUACCUCUCCUCGUCCACCUACUCGCUCCAUCGGCCGUCCUAUCUCUCUAGCGACCCAGUGACCACAGCCAGCAACUACAAGCCCUGGGAGUACUCCCUCCCAUCGUCCUCUCGCUCCUCCUCGCGAGCCACCUCACGAUCCAGCUCUACUCGCCAAAGUCCCACGCCCUGGGAGUACUCCCUCCCAUCGUCCUCUCGCUCCUCCUCGCGAGCCACCUCACGAUCCAGCUCUGCUCGCCAAAGUCCAACGGGCUCGCAGGACUCCUCGGACGGGCGGUCGGUCGCCGACUUCUUCGGGAGCGCGUCGCGCAGGAGCAGCGUCUCCAGCGCCGUCUCCGACUUUGACAUCAACGGGGCCGCGUUGUUCGGCGGGGACAUCGGCCGGGCCCUGCUGUCGGACGGCUCGAUAAGCAGCGCCGCGUCGUCUCGCCGCGGCAGUGAGGACACCGCCUGCUCCGUGGGCACAGAAUCCUCCAUACAGGAGCUCCGCGACAUCUUCGAGCUGAAGGAUGAACUCCACGGCGUGGAAGAGAGGUACAUGCAGAAACUGAAGGAGAUGAAGGAAGCGACGGACGGAGCCCAGGAGAAGUACAAGAAGGCGAUGGUCUCCAACGCCCAGCUGGACAACGAGAAGGCGGCCCUCAGCUACCAGGUGGAGGUCCUGCGGGAGGCCCUGGAGGAUGUGGAGGAGCAGAGCGCGGAGGCGCGGAGGGAGCUGAGCGACGCACGCAGCGAUGCGGAGAGGCAGCGGCAGGCCAGCGCCAGCGCGCAGCACAAGCUGGAGGAGGCGAGGGACGCGCUGCACCAGCGGGAGGAGCGCGUGCAGGAAAUCCCGAGCCUGCAACGCAAGGAAGACGCCCUCGCCCGGGAGGUGUUUGACCUGCGAGAGACCGUGAAUUGGAAAGAAAAAAAAAUCACGGCGCUGGAGCGGCAGAAGGAGUACUAUGAGUGCAUCAGGGCAGAGCGCGAUGAGCUCCGUGCAGAGGUCGCGCUCCUCCGUGAAAAGACCAAGAAGCUGUCCCUCGGCGUGGCCGUGAAUGGAGACGAGUUUGACGCGGCGAGAGACUCGGGGAUGUUGGACCACGUCGCCCCGACGGCAGCAGAAGCCGCGGUGCUCGAUGUCAGGUUAAAGAGACUGACGGAGGAGAACGACGCCCUUCUGGACGAGCUGCGCCGCACCAGCCAGCAGCUGGAGGAGGAGCGGCGGUGCCGGGCGCGAGUGGAGGUCGCGUUCGCUCGCCCGUCACCCUCUGAGCUCGAGGACGACUUCUACCUGCGCGACCUCCAGCGUGAGACGAACAAGCAUCUCAGCGAGUACAAGUACAAGCUGGCCAAGUCGGAGCAGGAGAAGGCCACGCUCGAGAAGAAUAUACUACGGUUACAGGGACAAAUUUCCCGUCACAAGGCAGCAGCGGAUGGAGCAGAGAAGGAGGAAGAUGAGCUCAAGGCGGAUAGGAGGAGGCUACAGAGAGAGCUUCAUAUGGCCCUGGAGAAGCUGGACGAGAUGGAGACGACAAACAACCACCUGAUGAUGCGCCUGAGCAAACUGAAGGCCAAGCGGGACAUGGCCUACGCCCAGCAGUAAGCCGCCAGGCUCCCCGCGCUGCCCGGCGGAGAGCGGCGGGGGUCGUGCGGGCGGCGCACCGGGAGUCUCGCGCCGCCGAGCCAGAGCGGCGCCCGCCAGCUCGAGUCCUCACGGGGUCUGCUCCACCGCCGCUCGUCGCUCCACCGCCGCUCGUCGCACACCCCUCGUUCGCAUCCACGUGGCCCGCCGAGCCCCCACCCGCAAGCGCUGGUGCAUACAGGCCCUGCGCUGUGGGGUUCGGAUACGGUUCGUGCCGCUAGUCAGGGUUUGUGCAUCUGCCGGCCGUCUCAGUCCGUCAACCCGUGGCACCCGGGUCUGCCCCGUGACCUCCUGCCAGGGGGCGUCUGACUCUCAACGUGGCCUUUAAAGUGCACGUGCCCUGGAACAAGCACCGUGAUGACGUCACCGGCACUUAGUGGCUAUUGUUGGUACGUGUGUGGUCUCGCGGUGUGACGGCCGUGCAGAGCCACUUAUUGGGGGAGGGCACGGCAGUGUUGGUGUCGUGUGCCCCAGCGUGGCUAACCCCCUGGGCUUCGCUGUCCGAGCCACUCAUCGGUGGCUGAAGGCCGCAUCAAGAGCAGCGGGAAUGCGACUGAUGGACGGGAGCAGGUGCAGCGAAAGCGACUUGUAGCCGCGUCUGGAAUAAAAAAAUAUAUACAAUUAUGAAAGAUCGUGCGGUAUUGAUGCUUAGAGGUGUUCGCGGUCACUCUGACCAUAAUGCGCAUGACGAUGUAGAGCUAAUGAUACGUAACAGGCACAGAUGGUGCAAAGGGACAGCAUUGAUUCGCAACGCGAGGAAAAAUCACGAGAAGUGAUGUGGCCAAUUGCUCAUGAAGAUCCAUUAUGAACUCCGCAGAGAGCUUGUGCAGACAAAGGCAUGUUAGUUGACUUUAUCGCAAGAAUUGUAUAGAGGAUAUUUAUUUUUCCUCCGGGAAAAAGAAAUAUUCAGAUUCUGGAGUCAGAAUCUGAAUAUUUAUUUUUCCCGGAGGAAUCUGAUGAGCUAUAACGCUAUUAUUCACAGAUGUCCAGUAACAACGCAACCAGGCGGUGAGCCAGCACCAAAAAUUGCCCAAGCUCUGCAGGCCUCUAUUAAUGUUUUAAGCCUGGCUUAUUUUACAAUUACAUUGCCUCUGCAUUGGCCGAUACUCAGCAAGACGUGAAGAAGCGUCGCACUACGAACGGAGUGGUGCGAGACGUGAAGCCACCAGUCCGCUCCGUAUGGAUCGCAACUCCCCGUGGGACUUGAACGGUGCUGGGCAGCACCGCGUGCUGCUCCCUGUGCUGGUAGUCGCUCGCCCGUGCUCGGCUGCGCUGCUGAACGCAGCACGCGGCAGCGCCUGUGGGGUGGCGAUUACGCAAGGCGCCUAGCGAUGCUUCGUGGUGACGAGAUGUUAACUGCCUCGCCUGGUAUACAGGAGGUCGUGGGUUCGAUCCCGACCCUGACGCCU